CAGCGCUGGAGCACCGGCGGCCAGUCCGGGCGCGCCUUGCGAGCAGCCAAUGGCAGGGGCGGCGCCGCUUGUUGUCGCCCCGUGAGGCGGCUGCGCCCUGGGCUCGGUGCCGCCGCCGCUGCCGCAGGAGGGAGCCGGGAGGCCCCAGGCCCCGGUACCCGCUCGCCUCUCGCCGGCCCCGCAGCCCCCGCGGAGGGCGGGGAGAUGCAGCCCCCGGGCGCUCAGCAGCCGCCGCUCUACGCGCCCAGCAGCGGGGACUUCACCUUCGUCUCCUCGGCGGAUGCCGAAGAUCUUAGUGGUUCCAUAACAACUCCAGAUGUUAAGCUGAAUCUUGGAGGAGAAUUCAUCAAAGAAUCUACUGCAACUACAUUCCUAAGACAGAGAGGAUAUGGCUGGCUUCUGGAAGUGGAAGAUGAUGACCCAGAAGAUAACAAGCCACUCUUGGAAGAACUUGACAUUGAUCUGAAGGAUAUUUACUACAAAAUUCGAUGUGUGUUGAUGCCUAUGCCAUCUCUUGGGUUCAAUAGGCAGGUAGUGAGAGACAAUCCAGACUUUUGGGGUCCUCUGGCAGUUGUCCUCUUCUUCUCAAUGAUUUCAUUAUAUGGACAAUUUAAGGUUGUUUCUUGGAUUAUAACUAUUUGGAUAUUUGGAUCCUUGACAAUUUUUUUACUAGCCAGAGUUCUUGGAGGAGAAGUUGCUUAUGGCCAAGUUCUGGGUGUUAUAGGAUAUUCCCUACUUCCCCUCAUUGUCAUAGCACCUGUACUUUUGGUGGUUGGAUCAUUUGAAGUUGUUUCUACCCUAAUAAAAUUGUUUGGAGUCUUCUGGGCUGCAUACAGUGCUGCAUCAUUACUAGUGGGAGAAGAAUUCAAGACCAAGAAACCCCUUCUAAUUUAUCCAAUCUUUUUAUUAUACAUUUAUUUUCUGUCCUUGUAUACUGGGGUGUGAUCUAGUGUAAGAUGUGACCAGAAACCAUAUUUCAGUCACUUGCAGACUGAUAAUGUGUAAGAUUAAGAAGGCUGGAGAUAAUACAAGUGACUGUUUUGUAUGCAGUUGUCGAGAUGUUUUAAGAUGGAAGAGCAUAUUUGUGUAUAUUAUUUAAUGAAGCAAUUGUAGCUAUAUAGAUUUGUAUCAAAGUUCUAGGUUUGUUUAAGACUCUUCAGAUUUUAAUGAACAAAAUAAAAGAACCUUGUGUUUUAUAACAAAGCGUAGCAAAACUGCAGCUCAAUACCUGUGCCAAAAGCACUGGGACCAGAUUACUAUAUUCAAGAAUUAAAAAUGAGAAGUUAACUGUUAACAAUCUCAAAGUGCAAUUUUUCCUUUAAGCUUAAACACAGCUGGCUUUUUUUGGCACAGCAAAUUCUGUAGAUAAUAUAUAUUUAUGAAACAGUCCUGAUUGUUCACAGAAUAGUCUGUAUAAUCAAGACAAAAAGAUACUACUUUUAAUUUAGUGCCUCAAUUACUGUGAUUUGGCUGUUGAGUUUUUAUAAAUUCCAAUUUGUUUUCAAAACAUGUAUAUACUGUGUAUUUUGUAUCUAUGGCUUGUGUGUACCGUAAAUACUCCUUGGUUAAGGAUGUAUAUUGGGUUUUUAAAAAUUGAAGAUACAAGUAUUUGAAGUUUUCAUUUACUAUCUGACCAAAGGAGCAAGAUACUUACUGUGUGACAUAAUUAAUUAAAGUGCAUAUUUAGAGAAUCAAAUUAUUUUACUUAAAAGUAUAAAUUUACAGAGAAAUGGGUGAACACCUUUCUCAAUCUAGUGCUGGCCUAAUGUUGGAGAAAAAAAAAGAUGAUCUAUCAAAUUUGUGUGAUCUUUAAACAAUGUUAUUUUAUGAUGACGAAAUAAAAAUAUUGCUUCCCUAA